CUUAAUCUGACGCUCAUUCUAGUUGCCCAAUGGCGCGACCCUGCCUCGUUCUUGCCAUCGUUGGAACCAUCCAGGGUGCCCUUGCACUGGUGCAGUUUGGCAAGGGGGGGGGGGGGGGGGGCAUGCCCUCUGGUGUGAGAUAUCGGUGUAGCAUCUUGCCCAAUGGCAUGCUUCGGGUCCAACCGCAUGAUGAACGGGACUCGUUCCAUGAUUCAUUUGGCGCACCUCUACCUCCUGUAGAAAUGUCCAUCGACGCAAAUAGAGUCGAAGUUGCCGCUGGCCUCAAGGACGGCGAUUGUGAGGCGUGGAACGUUGUACAACAGCUUCGUGGAUCUGCGCCGUAUGUGGAUUUACAUCGAGAUAGCACUAUGGUUGUGCACCUCUGCAGUGAAGUCAUUGACAACGAUGCCAUGUUCCAGGAAAUUAUGGACGAUUUGGCAACACUGCAUGUGCUUGGAGUCAAGUUGGUCAUGCUCGUCUCUGUCCGACUUCAGGUGGACCGUCGACUGCUUUUGGGGAAAAAAAACUUAGGCGAAAGGAUUCGGGGGUUGAGAGUGACAGGUACAGAAGAGCUCGCAGCGGUUCAAGUGGAAUGCGGCCUCGCACGGUCGCGUGUUGAGGCAGCCCUUUCCCGUGCUCUGCGAAGCGGUGGUGCCUCCCACGGCCGAUCCACUAUUGGCGUCGAUGUUGUUGGUGGGAAUGGGUUUGUGAGCGGGAGGCCAGUUGGUGUCAUCGACGGUGUCGAUACCGGAUUCACCGGUGCGGUAGCUACCUGCGUUGCGCGCCUUGUGGAUGCGGCCAAGAUUUCGAGGCAUCUCGACGCUGGUGAAAUCGUCCUGCUAUCUGCUCUCGCUUACUCUCCCUCCGGGGAGACCUUCAAUGUACGCACGGAAGAGAUUGCCGCACGUGCGGCACCUGCGCUGCUUGCGUCUAAAUUGAUCUUCGUCACGGCUGGCCAUGAGCUUGCUUGGAAGGAUGUAGACGGCGCUGCUCUUGUGUCCUCUGGCCGACGUGUUGCGAGUCUCCGCCUUGAUGAUGCUCGCAGGCUUCUCCAGCGCCGACAAGAGCUCGAUGACGACGGUCCUGCCGCGCAGAUUCUCGAUCUUGCUGACUUCUGUGUAACCGCGCUUGAGCAAGGCGUUACACGUGCUCACCUUGUUUCGCCGACAGAAGGUGCAUUACUUCGAGAGCUUUACACGCGAGAUGGUGCCGGCACCCUUAUCUCCAGAGACAUCUAUGAAGGCAUACGAAGUGCUGUACUAAGCGACGUUGAUUCAUUGCUAGGCCUCAUCAUGCCUCUGGAGGACGAUGGCACACUUGUCCCUCGUUCACGCCCUGAGCUCAUCCAGGAGGUCGCUCGUGGCUGCUAUUAUGUUCUUGCGAGAGAUGAUCUUCCAAUAGCAUGUGCGUCCUUGAAACGACUUGACGCGCAAGGUUCACUUGCAGAACUUGGUUGUCUAGUUGUUGCACCCAAAUACCGCAGACAAUCGAAGGGCGAUGCUCUUCUCUCGUACCUGGAGCGUGUCGCGAUCGCUUCGGGUGUCAAAAAACUUUUUGCGCUCUCAACGAAGACCAUGCAGUGGUUCGUGGAGAGAGGAUUCAUCGAGGCCACUCUCGCCUCACUUCCUCAAGAACGACGGGAUGUCUAUGAUAGUUCGCGCAUGCCAAAAGUUUAUAGGAAAGCCCUCAAGGCAGACCGUGAUGUCGACGUGGAGGACGCUUUCUGGACUCGACGACACGCGGAGUAAGACGCUUAAGGUGCAUGUGAGCUAGCGAUCUCGGCAUGUAGCAAACACAUUUCAUGAUCCUUUCAUCUCCGUCAGCGUAGCGCAUUCGAUAGAGCCCGAUGGCCAACCUCGGACGUGUCCCACCAAUCGUCUGGAAGUUGCACAGUUGCCAUCAGCUCGCCGACCACCACGUCGCCGCCCUUUAGCUCUCGGCCGCGACGGGCCUUUUGACUCUUCGGAGCGGCCUAGGCAUGUCGAGCGCGCCAACAGGGACCAUCAAUUCACGCCCAUAGCCGCCAACGUACAAGGUGGCACACACUGACAGGGUGUUGCCCUAGAGGGACUACGCCAGUGCGCACUGAAGAUACAUCAUGCGACCCCCGACCCGAACCGCCGACCCCACGCUCCCCGAAUGCCCCGGUCGAUACGACUAGCGCGCAACCGGUGGCCCGACAUCGCGGCUCGGCCGGGGCCAUAAUUCCGAAUUCAA